GGUGGAGGUGGCGGUGGAGGCGGUGGCGCAGGAGGCGGCGGCGGCCUUGUGGUGCGCUGCAGCAACAUGCUCCUCUCCGAGGUCCCGCGGAACCUCCCCAACACCACCCAUCGCCUCUUCCUGGACUACAACCAGCUGGUCAGCAUCCCGGCCGACGCCUUCCUGGGGCUCUUCCUGCUGGUUGAGCUGGACCUUUCGCACAACAAGCUGGCCCUCCUGGAGCCCGGCUCCCUCGUGGGCCUCGGCCCGACGCUGCAGAACCUGGACCUCUCGUCCAACCAGUUGGCAACGCUGGACCCCGAAGCCCUGGGCGGUCUGCAGGCCAAGACCAACCUGACCAACAACCCCUGGCUCUGCGACUGUGACCUGCAGGAGGCCAUGCCAAAACUGGACCUGGAGCCGGCCUCGCUGGCGGACGUGGUGUGCCACUCCUCCGUGCCGGAGGACGCCGGCGCCACGGGGAAGUCCUUCGUGAUGGUGGCCCAGGAGCUGGACCUGUGCGCCGGAUUCAAGAGGACCACCGACGUGGCCAUGCUGGUCACCAUGUUCGGCUGGUUCGCUAUGGUGAUCUCCUAUCUGUUCUAUUACGUGCGCGGCAACACGGAGGAUGCCAGGAGGCACCUGGAGUACCUCAAGUCACUGCCCAACAAGCAGGCCAACACUGAGGAGUCUUCCACCAUGAGCACGAUGGUCUGAGGGAGGCAGACGAGGGCACUAGGGAAUGAGACAAAGGGCACUAGGGAAUGAGACAAGGACACUAGGGAAUGAGACAAGGGCACUAGGGAAUGAGACAAGGGCACUAGGGAAUGAGACAAGGACACCAAGGGCACUAGGGAAUGAGACAAGGGCACUAGGGAAUGAGACAAGGACACUAGGGAAUGAGACAAGGGCACUAGGGAAUGAGACAAGGACACUAGGGAAUGAGACAAGGGCACUAGGGAAUGAGACAAGGACACUAGGGAAUGAGACAAGGACACUAGGGAAUGAGACAAGGGCACUAGGGAAUGAGACAAGGACACCAAGGGCACUAGGGAAUGAGACAAGGGCACUAGGGAAUGAGAGAAGGGAACUAGGGAAUGACAAAAAGGGCACUCGGGAAUGAGACAAGGGCACCAAGGGCACUAGGGAAUGAGACAAGGGCACUAGGGAAUGAGAGAAGGGCACCAAGGGCACUAGGGAAUGAGACAAGGGCGCUAGGGAAUGAGACAAGGGCACCAAGGGCACUAGGGAAUGAGACAAGGGCACCAAGGGCACUAGGGAAUGAGACAAGGGCGCUAGGGAAUGGAGGAAAAGGAGAUGAAAACAUACUAUGGGCUAUGGGAACCCCAUGUGUCUUCAUUUGUCCAUCAAAGCAUGCUGUCAGAUGCUUCAACCUCCUCAGUACUGACUGUGUUCUAGCGAUACUCUGGAAAGAGACUUCACCGUCAGUUGCAGCAGUGUCCUUUUCACACCAGACCUGCGAGCUUUGGGCUGGAUAUUGUUGCACAUGGACUCUGAUUUGCAAUUGCACCUUGUGUCAGUAAAGCAUUCUCAUGUUUGGCUCAUGUUUGGCUCACUCUACCGCAUACCCUUGUGUCAGUAAAGCAUUCUCAUGUUUGGCUCAUGUUUGGCUCACUCUACCGCAUACCCUUGUGUCAGUAAAGCAUUCUCAUGUUAGGCUCAUGUUUGGCUCACGUUCACACUCUACCGCAUACACGUUUUACACGUUUUCUUUGACAGGUUUAAAAACCGAAAGCAUAUGUAACAAAAGUGAUUCAUAGCAAUUGUAUGCCUUACUGCUUGCUGUACCAUGGCAAAUGUCUUCACAAAUCAUAGCGCAACCUUUUCAAUGCUUUUCAACUGGCAGUGUGACUCUGUCUGCUUCUUAUUUCAGUUGUUUACAUGUUCGAAUGCCAAUCUAGAGGACAAUGUUGCAAUUGGACUCCCCUCAAUGGACAUCUUUUUGUACUCUCCCGAAGGCAUUAGCGUAACGGCUUAACGGCACAGUAGAGCACCGUGAAGCUUUAUUUCAGUUUUAUUUGAGCUGCAGGAGAACAGUAUUUGUGGAUUUCAGUUUCAUUCCGAUUUUUGCCUGGGGUAUUUAAGAGAUCUCCCAUCACUGUAAAGACUGACAACAAGUAUUACUCCUGGUAUCUUACAUUCUCUAUUAAAAUUGACUUUUCUUGCCAAAUAGUACCUUA